AUGAAGAUUGACAUGAUGAUCGACAUUGUCGAUCCGCGACAAUUUCGCUCUUUUUGUCUUCGUGGAGAGGGACGAGCAAAUUUUGUCAUUAGUGCUAAGCACGCUACCUCUGGAAUACGAAUCGUAUGGAGGUUUGCAAAAGCAAGAAAGAGUGGGCUUGUAACAUGGAAGGCUAAAAGUGAAUUAGUAAAUCAAUAUAUGGAGCGGUUCGUAUCUCCUUUUUUCGACGCGCGAUAUCUUGUGAAUCCGAAAAUCAUCGAAAUGGCUGUCACAGAUGUUCAUCAAUUGGCAAAGUACCUUUUAACAUCUCUUCCCUUACCCUCAAUCGCGGAAAAUAUCAUGGCGUUGUUCUUUAGUGUUAAGAUCCUGUACGUGACAUCUUCACCCUCACUCUCUCAAUCAGUUCCCUCGCUUCCUGCCAACUUCAAGCUUGAAAAGUUUGAUGAAUUGUUAGCUAUUCCUGAUGACCUGUCGUUCUUCCCGUUAGCCAACGUGCCAAGGAACGUAAUCAGACUUUCUGCUUUGGAAAUGUUGGAUGCAACAAGGAUUCCAAAGCACCUUAUUUCCUACAUCGGACCAACAAUUACGGUUGAAAUCAAACCUAAACAAGGAUUCUUUCAAAAUCAUGCUUCAAUCGACCUUCCUUUCUGCAACAAUUGUAUUCUGCAGCUCGAGAAGUGCGGCUCAGACCACUACGAAGAGAUGUAUGAUUUCUGUCCCAUUGACCUUUUCUCCGGGAACUUAGCUAGGAUGAAGUCUGCUCUUGAGGCACUGUUAAAGGUGCCGCACAGAAAUCUUCGCCUGUUCAUCGACGGCAACUUGAUUCACUCUGAUGAAUCUCUUCUUGACGCUGCUCUUUUCUCAACGACAUUGUUCCCAAGCGGACAAGGAAACGCGGAUGACUUGAUAACGGCGCUUUGCCUAGUGCUAGCGGGAUGCGAGGACGUUCGCGACUUUUCCAUACGGGAACAUUCUGUGCUUGGACAAAUUUUGGCUGCGCAAAAGAUCGAUUCGGUGGGAAUAGUGAAGGCUCAUCAAAUCUACAAAAGUCUUCCAGCUGCGGUGCAAAAAGAGCUGCAUGACAAAAGUCGACUUCCUGUGAGAGGUUUGGAAGUAUUAGAAGCGACCGACGAUCGAGCUCUCCUAGAACAGUAUCUCCUGGCUGCCACAAUGAAGGACUGUUCAGUAAUGGCUUCUUUCCGAUUGGUGCCUUCUGGAACAUAUCAUACUCCAUCAAGCGUGGAUGAUGCCCAAAUGAUCAAGCUUGCUAACGGAUUAUGUUUUGCGUACUCUGUGAAGAUAGUGGAUUUGGAUCCAAAGACCCCUAAAAACUUGGUCAGUGCCUUCGCAAGGUUCAUGGCUGGUGUUAAGUUGAUACGACUCGAAUCUGUGACAAGAACCCCCUGUGUUGAAUCCAUGUGA